GUUGCCAUGGCAGCGCCGGGUCGCGCACGUCUGCGAAGUGAAGAUGGCGAUGCUGGCCUGGCUGGCGAGACUGGGAGCGGCGGAGAAGACGGCCCUGUUGCAGGACGGAAGGAGGAAAGUACACUACCUCUUCCCUGAUGGAAAGGAGAUGGCUGAAGAGUAUGAUGUAAAAACCAGUGAACUACUAGUUAGAAAGUGGCGGGUAAAGAAUGCUCUGGGAGCUGUGAGCCCAUGGCAGACAGAAGUGGGAGAGCCAACAGCCCCUGCAGGUGGAGUCCUGGGGUCAGAGCUCAUCAAGGAGAGCAGUUCUAAUCCUGUCUUCGUGCGGAAGGACACAAAAAUGAGCUUUCAGUGGCGGAUUCGUAAUCUUCCCUACCCUAAGGAUGUCUACAGUGUCUCUGUGGACCAGAAUGAGCGCUGCCUUAUUGUCCGGACCACUAACAAAAAGUACUACAAGAAGUUCUCCAUUCCUGACAUGGACCGAUACCAACUUCCUCUGAACAGCUCUGCAUUGAACUUUGCCUAUGCCAACUGCACCCUGAUCAUCACCUACCAAAAGCCAAAGGAGGUCCUGGAUGCAGAGGAAGAGUUGCAGAAAGAGCUGAAGAAGCUGAAGACAGCUAAUGGUCAGAACGGGGACUGUAAGACCCAGUAACCAGACACCUCAUCUGCAGACUUCCUAGUUUGAGGUCUCGGGUCAUUUCAACAAAGGUUCCUGAUGAUCAGGCCUUGGCUCUGCCCUUACCUGAAGGAAGACUUCGAUGGGUUUCAGGAUCACAUAGGCAGAUAAAAAUGAGCCCUGGAGGCAGGCCCUGACCUAAAAAAUGGUUCCAGAUCAUCUAGGUUUGCUAAUUUCCAGAGUAAAGUUGAUCUGAAUUACCUUU